AUGCCGAAGCGUAUGAAUGAAGAAAAUGGCAAAGAAGGAGAUGCUUCGUCUAUGAAGCAUUUCAUAUCAAAACAUCGUCGCUUAUUGGGUGAAAUUAAUUCUCAUUUUCACCACAAUCGCAUCGUUUCAGGCGUUGCUAUUCCAUUUAUAUUUUUUCAAACGUUCUACUGGUUAAUUGCAUUUCGCUACAAUCUUUUCUACUUAUACGAAGAAAAAUAUAUACUGAGCAUUGUAAUGGUAUUUGGAGCCCUUAUUGGAGGUGAGAUUAUUCUAUUAGUCAUCUUCAGAGAACAACGAAUGACCACUGAAGGUGGAGGUGCCAUAGCAUUUCCUGUGAUGACAAUAGCUCUCAAUAUCAGUCCGAUGGUGGCACGCGAUUUCUCAUUGAUGAUACAAUCAUGCGGUAUAUUUUAUUUUAUUCAGCAUUUGUCCAUUAAUUUAUUUCAUAUUGCAGCACUCAAACAAUUCUUCCAUUCAAUUGCUUAUUUAUUCGUUCAUGAACAACCUAAUUUUAAUAAUGAUCUUGAUCAUACUGUGGUGUUGCUAUUGCAGGUAGUUGAUGACUUCUUGUCAGCAGCUCAGAAGAAAAUGAUCUUUGUGUCGAUCUUUUUCUCAUUCGCACUUGCAUUAUACUUAUUGAACUAUGAGAAAAAACGUAUCACAUUCGAUUCCAUUCAACAAUUUACGCCCGUCAAAGCGAUACUUCUGGUAGUGAAUGGAUUUGUUGGAGGAAUAUUCACUGGGUUUUCUGGAUCAGGUGUUGAUGUGUAUUCGUUCUCGAUUUUAACACUGCUGUUCCGUAUCAGUGAAAAGGUCGCUACACCAACGUCUGUUGUGUUGAUGGCGGUUAACAGCAUGUUCGGCUUUUUUUGGAGACGUUUUAUGGAUAACGAUAUUUCAGAAGAAUCAUGGCAAUAUCUGGCUGUUUGUGUACCUAUUGUCGUUUUGUUUGCACCUCUUGGAAGUUUUGCUGCAUCACAUUUCCAUCGUCUUACUCUCGCAGUUCUAAUAUACGUUCUCGAAACGGUGGCUCUAGUAAGUAUUUUCAAAACCCUUCAUUUUUUUGAAACAGUUGGUGCAGUUAUUGUGAUACGUCCACCACUGUCACUGCUUGGUGCGUCUGCGGCAAUUAUCAUCGCAUCAUUUAUAUUCUAUUACUCAAUGAGUCGUUACGGUCACCAUAUGGCAAAUCAUCAACUUGAUUCGCAGAAGAAUAAAACUGUCUCUGUGGCUUGUAUCUCCUAG